AUAUAAUGUCCGAUUAAGAAUAUGAUGAUUACAAUUAUGAGCCAGGCUUUUCUGAUGAAGGCUAAGAAGAUAACUAGGAGGAAAUAGAAUUGGAGAAUAGUUAUAAUAGAGCAGAAGAUGAAUGGAAAACUAAUCCAGAUUUAGCAUACCAACUUUUUAAUGAAAUAAUCGAAAAAGAAAAGUCCAAAGAUAUUAAUUCCAGAUAAAGGAGCUUCAAGAGUUAUCAGGUAUCGAAAUUUCAACAUAUUUCAUAGUAUUUGAUCUAGAUAUUAAUUUAAAAACCUAAAUUUGAUGAUAAUCUAAUGUGCUAGUACAUCCAAGGAUUUCUAGAAUUGCUGGACAAGCAAUAUAAGACAGAAGGAGACAAAGCACUCAAAAUUGUGGUAGAUUCAUUGAUGAAUUCCAAUAAUUCUCAUCUUAUAUCUACAGUUCUACCAAACCUACUAGAUAAGUUAAAAUCUAUGAACCAAAUAGGAAUAUAUUGUGGAGCUAGUAUGAAACUAUGCAAAGAUUAUUACUAAAAAGGGAGCUUUAAUAAAUUGGAAGAAAUAAUUUAUGUACAACAUCUAUUUUAUACUCAAGAACAUUCAAUCUGUGUUGGAAAAUAGCCAAAUACAGGAUGAAGAUAGAAAAAAAGCUUUUCUGGCUGAAUUAUUGGCUUAUAGAGUUCUAUUGUACAAAAGCACAAAUCGUCAACACCAGAUUAAACCACUUUAUCGAUAAUUAUUAAAAUGUAAUCUAGAUUUGCUUGAAUCAUAUGUAUCAAAUAUCUAUAUUCAAGAUAUCUGGAGUUAUCAAUCUAACUAUUGGUUAAUAAAAGGCACUAGAAAGACAAUAUGAAUAGAGUAGAAAGAAACUCAUGGAAGCUUUCUAUAAUUUCUUAGAUUCUAGUUCACCAGAAGCUAAAUAGGCCCUUAUUUAUGCAUCUGUUGUUAGCAUUCUUGAAAACUUCAAGAUGAACUUGUUUGAUGAUAUGAAAAGUAAAGUCUAUGACUAAGAUCCAAAUGUUAAAGUAUUUUAGGACCUCAGAAUAUCUUAUGAAUAAUAGAAUGUUCAGAAUUUCAGCAGCAUUAUUAAUUCUGAAGUAAAAUGCUAUCUAUUUCUUAGUAUUUCUAAAAGGAUUCCUUUUUAGCACUAUUGAAACCUUAUAUGUAAUAAAUAAUUGUUGAGUGCAAAAUCUUGAGAUAUGUUAAGUGUUAUUCAACCAUAAGGUUGGAUUAUUUAUCUAAGCAAUUAUUGAUUGAGAUUCCAGUUUUGCAAAAAUACAUUUAGGGAUUGAUAACCAAAAAGCAGUUUAAUGGAUUAAUAGAUGAAAUAGCAGGAUAUUUAGAAAUUAGAGAAGAAGUUGCAGAAACCUAAACGAAGGCUCUAAAAGUGAUUGUUGAUCAAAUUAGAUCAUUUGAUUAUUGA